AUUAAUAAGUUGGUAUUUGGAGUUGGUGGCUGAGGAUGAGAACUGGAGGAAGGGAUGAAGGGUGAGAAGAGAGGAAAAAAGCAGGAAUAUUGAAAAAUGUGAAAGUGAAUUAGCAGAACAAUAUUAUGAAACUGAAAGCUGUUCCUUCAUCCCUUAAUUCCUUUGUAGUUGGUGGAGAUUGUAAUCACAAUGCUACUGCUGCUUCUUCAUCUUCAUCAUCUUGUCAGAGACAAAGCAUAGUGAUAGUUGCCAACAAAAACAGGAAGCAGCAUGAGAUUCAGGGUUCAGAAUCAUCUCCUCCAAGAAUCACAUCCAACGUCAAGCAAAACCUCCGCUUCCUCAAGCUAUGGAAGAGCUUCCAAAAUAGAAAUUCUGCCACUCCCAGACCUUCAACCAGUUACCGCAAGAAGAAGGUGGAGAAGGAUGAGGAUGUUGUAGACACCGACCUCUAUCGUGACCCCACCUCCUCUCUCUACUAUACCAAUCAGGUGGGUAUAGACAAUGCUGUCCCUGUAUUGCUUGUGGAUGGUUAUAAUGUUUGUGGCUAUUGGAUGAAACUCAAGAAGCAUUUCAUGAAAGGAAGACUUGAUAUUGCUCGUCAAAAGCUAAUUGACGAGCUUGUAACUUUCAGCAUGCUUAGAGAGGUCAAAGUGGUUGUUGUUUUUGAUGCAAUGAUGUCUGGACUCCCCAGCCACAAAGAAGAUUUCGCAGGUCUUGAUAUUAUUUUCUCAGGAGAAACAUGCGCUGAUACAUGGAUUGAAAAAGAGGUUGCAGCUUUAAGAGAGGAUGGUUGCCCCAAAGUCUGGGUAGUCACUUCUGAUCAUUGCCACCAGCAAGCAGCACAUGGAGCUGGAGCCUUUAUUUGGAGUUGCAAGGCGUUAGUAACUGAGAUCAAAGCAUCGCAAAAGGAGGUUGAAAAGAUGCUUCAAGAGCAAAGAUCCACCUCUUUUCAAGGUAGAUUAUUGAAGCACAAUCUUGAUGCAGAAGUAGUGGAUGCCCUAAAGGACCUGAGGAAACAACUAUCUGAAAAUGAGUUGAAGUAAAAUAUCAUGUCUGACAGGAAAAUUCUCUACAAGAACAAACUUUGGAAAGACCAGCAAGAUUGAUCAAAUGUGAAGAUCCUGCUUGAAGUCCUUACAAACUCCAACACAAGUAGCCCAGUUGGAGGCCAAUCACUGACCAUUUGUUAAUUGUCUAUUUUAUAACUUUUGCUUGUACAAGCGACUGAACCAGAGCACUAAAGUAUGAGACGUUAUUUUUUACUGUUUGUGUUUAUAAGUGUAAUAUGUAUUAGUUUAAACAGUAUUUAUUGUGAAUUUGUUUAAUUUCAAUUAACAAAGAAGUUCCACAUCAUUUCAUUAAGUAGUGUUUUUACUUACUGUUGGUGUAAUGCUACUGCUUAUGUAAAUCUGUACAUUAAUCGAUUAAAUUUGCUAUUUACGUAUAAAUUUAUUCGUAUGUGCAUAUAUAAUAUGCAAUUUGUGUGAACAUUUGAUACCAGAUGCUAAUGAAUGAUGGUUUAUUUGAGGUUA